GGGUCACUCGACGUCCCUCCAGCACAUCCAACGCACAGUCGCUCUUUUAUGACCACCCAUCUUUAUCAAUCACUUGUUCAGCACCAUCGUUCACCAUGGAGACACCUGCCAAUAUGGUUAUCCUUGAACCAGUCCAGCGCAUGAUACUCGAGCACAUUGGUUACAACCAGCUUCGAGCCCAUAAGAGCAUCGUCAAUCACUCGGCCGCGCUCGGCCACAGCUAGGUACUGCGGAAUGAGCAGGCGUUUCAGAAUGUGGAAUCCGACCUGUUCGCAGUGGCGCCUUCGCCCGAGGAGAGCUUAUGGAGCCAGCACAUGAUGUGCAAUUCUCGUGAAACGCAACGUCGCCUCCAAGUACGGGACGCCAAGUUCAACAGCGAGCGAUUGAGGCGUGAGAGUUUGCGGUUUCUCCUCGCUGUGGCAGGGUCACAGUUCAAGAAGGCGGAGAAUGUUGGAUGCGAGGAGUCGGGCUUGUUUGCGCCGAUGCCAGAUUUCGAACUUGAUAGCUGGCCACAUCGCAUGAUGAUGCGCUUUCUCGAGGUGCUUCAGCUGAAGCCGUCUGUCCAGACACCCAAGACGCCUCGUUACGUGAGCACGCUCCGCCGUACUCUCCCGUCCAGACGACCGCAUCCUCCGGUCUGUAAAAUGCCAAGACCGGCGCAGGGUGGGUUCAUCGAAAACCUGGAGGAGAACGGGAGGUAUCACGACAUGCUUGACAAUGACCGGGUGAAAGGCGUGGCCCGCAGGAAGAAGAGCAUCGACGCUUUGGCUACGGAGGCAAUGAUGGAAUCGCACGGCAGAGAUGAGGAGGCGAGCACAGGCAGAGAUGAGGAAGACUCGAGAGACGGUGCUGCCACUAGGGAGUGCAGCAGAUGGGACGUUUUCAAAAGUGCCAUUAAAGGUAUACUCUGUACGGCGCCCAUUCCUCCCCAGCCAAAGCAGCGGCUCAGCAAGCCUCAGCUGGAGGAUGCUGGAGAGCGAGAGCAGCUACUGAAGAGCGAAAGCAGCUACUGGAGAAGAGAGAAGAAUAGCUGAACAUGGAGAUGGGCGACAUUAUUAUUGGCAGCUGUUGGAGUGAAGCCUGAGGAAUGAGUUGUGUACGCUAGCCUGAUGCAGUAUGACGUGCCUGCACUGUGCAGGCACAGGGCUGUGGCGCGGGCUGCGCGGCUCACGGAAGUUGGGUGCCGGGUGGCCAUGAUUUCGGAUGCUGA